AUGGGCUCCAUCCUGAGCCGCCGCAUCGCGGGCGUGGAGGACAUCGACAUCCAAGCGAACUCGGCCUAUCGCUACCCACCAAAGUCCGGAAACUACUUCGCGUCACACUUUUUCAUGGGAGGUGAGAAAUUCGACACCCCCCACCCCGAAGGUUACCUCUUUGGAGAGAACAUGGACCUGAACUUCCUGGGCAAUCGCCCGGUCCAGUUCCCUUACGUCACACCUGCACCCCACGAGCCCGUGAAGACUCUGAGGAGCCUGGUGAACAUCCGCAAAGACUCCCUCCGGCUCGUGAGGUACAAGGACGGUGCUGACAGCCCCACUGAGGACGGCGAGAAGCCCCGCGUCCUCUACAGCCUGGAGUUCACCUUUGACGCCGAUGCACGCGUGGCCAUCACCGUCUACUGCCAGGCGGUGGAGGAGUUCCUGAACGGGACUGCAGCGUACAGCCCCAAGAGCCCAGCCCUGCAGUCCGAGACCGUCCACUACAAGCGCGGCGUGAGCCAGCAGUUCUCCCUGCCCUCCUUCAAGAUCGACUUCUCGGAGUGGAAGGACGACGAGCUGAACUUUGACCUGGACCGGGGCGUGUUUCCAGUGGUCAUCCAGGCCAUGGUGGACGAGGGGGACGUUGUGGAAGUGACCGGCCACGCCCAUGUGCUCUUGGCCGCCUUCGAAAAGCACAUGGACGGCAGCUUCUCCGUGAAGCCUUUAAAGCAGAAGCAAAUCGUGGACCGGGUUAGCUACCUGUUGCAGGAGAUCUAUGGCAUCGAGAACAAGAACAACCAGGAGACCAAGCCCUCGGACGAGGAGAACAGCGACAACAGCAGCGAGUGCGUGGUGUGCCUGUCUGACCUGCGGGACACGCUCAUCCUGCCCUGCCGCCACCUCUGUCUCUGCAACUCCUGCGCCGACACGCUGCGCUACCAGGCCAGCAACUGCCCCAUCUGCCGGCUGCCGUUCCGGGCUCUUCUGCAGAUCCGGGCGGUGCGCAAGAAGCCGGGGGCCCUGUCCCCCAUCUCUUUCAGCCCCGUUUUGGCCCAGAGCAUGGACCACGACGAGCAUUCUUGUCCCUUUAAAAAAUCAAAGUCGCACCCCGCCUCACUGGCCAGCAAGAAACCUAAAAGGGAAACAAGUGCCGACAGCAUCCCGCCCGGCUACGAGCCCAUCUCCUUGCUCGAGGCACUCAAUGGCCUUCGGGCGGUGCCCCCGGCUGGCCCCCCGGCCGUCCCCACAGCUCCCCUCUACGAGGAGAUCACCUACUCAGGCGUCUCGGACGGCUUGUCACAGGCCAGCUGUCCACUUGCCGGGAUCGAUCGGAUGGUGGAAAGCAGCCUGCAGAAGGGCAAGCCCCGGAGCAAGUCCCCCGACAGCACCCUCCGUUCCCCGUCAUCCCCCAUCCACGAGGAGGACGACUCGGAGGCUCUGCCCCCUCCGGGGGGGGCGGGGCUGGCGCUGAGCAGCUCCCCUGAGAGCUUCAUGACGGAGACGGUGGAUGAGACUUCGUCGGUGAAGCAGGGGAGCCGCGUGCCGUCCAUCGAGAACGUCCUGCAGGACGGCAGCCCCGAGCCCUGUGGCCGCAGCCAGCCCGGCGCACCUGCAGACGUCUACCUGCCAGGAUGGUCCACCUCCAUGGAGACGCCCUGCAGCCUCCACGCCACUGGGCACCCCCGGCCCCCGCUUGGUGGCCCCAGCCCCGACCCCAGGGCCGCUGAGCUGACCCCACUCUGA